UACCAUGUAAAUUAAAAUGCCACAUCACAUGAAUCAGGAUAGCUUUGCUUUCUUAUAUAAACCCCUCACUUUCCAUCUUUUUUCUCCAAGUAGUUGGAAACAAAAAGAGUUCCCAGCUAUGGCGCCCUCUCCUGUUUGGCAUUUCCUCUUGACAUUUCUAAUUUUGUUGAGCUUAUUAUUGAAUGAAUCUCUUCUUCUCUGCAACGCUGAUCCCACUGAUGGCUUUACCCGUCUCCCCUUAACUGACGCAAAUUUUGAACUGCAGAAGCCAUACAACAUACCUUUAGCAAAACGCUAUAGCUACGUUAAUGGCGUACACCGUAUGUUUGUAUACUCCACCGACAAGCCAUUCAAAGCUGGAAGCCCCACAGAUCCACGAACUGAGAUUCGUAUCAAAGGCUAUGAUUAUUCUAGCGGAAUAUGGCAGUUUGAGGGAUAUGUUUAUGUGCCAAAUGGGACAAGUGGCACGUCCAUCAUGCAAAUCCAUCGAUCAGACGGUAAGAAACCUGCUACAAAUUUGAUGCUAAUGGUUUUCAAAGGAGAUUUGAGGUACUACGCAGGAACGGUAGUGGAACCUAACAUCUACAAUAGAUGGGUGAGAGUGAAUGUGAUACAUGAUGUUGAUGCUAAUAAGGUGACGACCUUUAUUAAUGGCGUGCAAAAGCUUAAGGUGGGUGGAAAAGGACCGAGCCAUUUUUAUUUCAAAUGUGGUGUUUAUGCACAAAAUGGUGAAAGUCAUUAUAUGGAAGCACGAUGGAGAGAUAUCAAAAUUUAUAGGAAACACAAAUGA